AUGGCUGAAGGGGAGGCUGAUUUAGCCAGGGAAAAAACAAUGAUUGAGAAGAGGGACGCCGGGUCUCCCUCGGGAAGGGAAAGAGAACCCCCAGCCCACGACAGCAGCAGGGAUUUGUUUGGAGUUCAGCUUGAGGUGACAUUCCGUCUUCUGGAAGCUGAGAAGAGAAAACUCCAAGUUCUACAGAAAGAGUUGGCUCAGUAUGAUGAAAAAGAACCUCAGGGUUUACUGAAAAGGCGAGAAGAAAAGCAGCUUGAAAACAAUAUAAACCGGAUACAGCAUCAGUACAACCAGUUAGAGCAGGAAUACAGGAUAGCAGCUAUGGGGGUCCUGAGACACAAAGGGCACGUCAGAAGGUCCUCGAGGAGUCAGCCAGCAAUAGGCCUGAAGCAGACGGCUAAACCUAGGCCAUCCAUCUUUGGAACGAUUACAAAAGACAAAAACCCCAAGGACAGGCGACUGAGAACUGUGAGCCCCCAGAUGCUCAGCUUCUCUCAGAUGUUUGAUCAUAGUCAGACGGGGAAUAAUAACAACAAUACAUGUAGCCAUUACUCUAAAGACCAGGCCUUGAUAUUCUCUGAUGGUAUACUAAUGGCAGGAACUAUGGAGGCUUUAAUUCAACAUCUUGUCCCCACAAAUGAAUAUAAUCCUGAUAAAACCUAUGUGUUUGCCUUUUUGCUCAGCUCUCGUCUGUUUAUACGACCUCAUGACCUGCUAAAUGAAGUCUGUCAGGUAUGCAUUCUGCAGCAGAAUCUGUCAGAAGAUGAACAAAGGAAAGAAAAGAUGGGCAAGUUUGGCCCAAAUAUCAUUCAACUGCUGAGCGAGUGGGCAGACAUGUUUCCUUACGAUUUCCGGGAUGAACGGAUGAUGAAGAAAUUAAAGGAGAUCACACAACGAAUUCUGGUUAUCUACCCUGAACUUAGGCCUGAUGUCACAAAUAUUACACAUUCCCUGGUUAAAAAGCUGGCUGAAUUACAGAGUUACGAGGAUGAUUUAGCCAAAUGGAACAGCGAAGCAACUUCAAAGUCCCAAACUCAGGAAGUGCCAACAACAGAUAUAACUGAAAUUUGUCCAAGUCCUGUCGAGUUAGCUCAACAACUGACUCACAUAGAACUGGAGAGGUUAAGUCACAUAGGACCAGAGGAAUUUGUUCAAGCUUUUUCAAAAGAGUCAAGCACAAAAGAGCCCACCUACAAGGACAUGAAGAAAACCAGUAACCUGGAAGCUUAUGUACAGUGGUUCAACAGGCUCAGUUAUUUUGUUACGACAGAAAUUUGCUCACAUUUAAAGAAAAAGAGUCGGGUCCGAAUCAUUGAGUAUUUUGUGGAUGUGGCAAAAGAGUGUAUAAACAUGGGCAACUUCAAUUCACUGAUGGCCAUUAUAGCAGGGAUGAACAUGACCUGGGUCUCACGGUUAAAGAAAACGUGGUCCCGAGUCAACAGAGCCAAGUUUGAGAUUCUGGAGCAUCAGAUGGACCCUACCAGUAAUUUUGGGAUAUACAGGUCCUGUCUCAAGGCAGCCAUGUGGAGGUCUGAAAGUGCAGAAGCAAGCAGCAAAGAAGAAAAGAUCAUCAUUCCAUUCUUUAGUUUGUUUGUGAAAGACUUGUAUUUCCUGAAUGAAGCAUGUUCUAACAAACUUCCAAAUGGCGAUAUCAACUUUGAAAAGUUCUGGCAGCUGGCGAAACAGAUCUCGGACUUCAUUACUUGGCAGCAGUGUGAGUGUCCAUUCACAAAGAAUGACAAAGUGAUCAAUUACUUAUUAACAUCACCUGUAUUCUCAGAAUCAACACUAGCCUUAGCAUCCUUUGAAUGUGAGGCCCCAGAAAAGAGUUUUGAAAAAGAGAAACACAAACAGUUAAAAGCUAGUGCAGGAGUGUGAUUGGAAUUUCCAUGACAAUGGUACAGGGACCUAGUGCUGCAUUCCAGUUCUUACAAGCCAUCCCAUUGGCUGAUCUCGUUCACUUCCUAGUCAUUCUUUGACCAAUCUGCUGUCAGCAUUUUUGGAAAGCCAUUCCAUGUUCCAAGUUAAGAGACUUAAAAGUCAGUGACUAAAAGAGUCUAACUUGUCAAGGAAAAUGAUUCACUGCCAGAAAAUAAAAUGCAAGAGAGGCAUUGUGGUAGACAUUGAUUUGUGUAUAGAGAAAACUGUCUAUCAGUAUAUAGGGCAUAGAGACUACUGGUCUCGAGGAAGAUAAUGGACUAAUAGUAUUAUUGUGUUCCUGGGUUGUCCAUAUGUUUAUUUAUAGAAUGCUUUAUCUGGUGUACUUAACAUCUUUAAUAUUGUUGUUAAAAGUAAUUGACCAAAGAAGCUUAUGGCUUAUCCAUGUAUGGACAGAAAUUUUUACAAAACUCAUCUUUUUUUAAAAAAGAACAAGUAUAAUUGAUUUGAAAAACAAUUCUAUAUUCAUAUGUAAUUGUUUCUAAAUUUUCUAAGCAGUUUAUAUAGUUCUUUAUAUUUAUCAUGAGAUCUUCUUUUUUGGACGAAUUUUAAUGAGUGACUUUGCAUGGUUAUAUUCAUUGACUUCUCCCCAGGGACCAUUUUUGUAUUUGUAAAUGUACAGUGUACAUGUAUAUUGUAUAAAAGAUAUGCCAAAUGCAUGUAUUUAUUGCAUGAUUUUAUAGAACUAUGAAUUAAAAAUUGAAAUCUUUUUUUUUUUUAUAUAUAGAAAAUGUAAUAAUCUCUGGGGGAAAAUAUUAUUCUUUUUUUUUUUCAAUUUGGAAAACAAAAAAUUCCUAAAAUUGUAGUUUAUAUAUUUUUUUCUUUGGAUUUGAGGAUCAUGUCUUUAAGAGUGCUCUUGAUUCCAUGUCUCUGAUGUUUAAGUGCUAUAUUUUGAUAUGUGCUGUCUGUUUCACAGUGUAUGUGAUAAAAACAUGUCUGUCAAGGCAAAGUCUGAUCUCAGUCACAUCAUUUUCAUUGUCCAUUCUAUCGUAAGAGACCAUAAUUUCACAGGAAAAAAAUAACGACCAUAUUCAUUCAAUUCACAUUAUUCGGUCCAAAGAAAAGUGUUUAUAUUUAAAAAAAAAGUAUUUAUAUUUUGUAAUUAAAAGUAUUCUACAGGUAAAGCUGUGCAGUGCAAUGAAUGAGAAUACUGGAUACGAUAUUUGUGUUCAGUUUCGUAUAUUGAUUUGUUGUUAUUAACAGGUGGUUUACAGGAAGUUGUAAUAUCUUACCCUGUGUUUGUUACUAUAUAUAUUGUUAUCAAGUAUUGUACAUACAAUGAUGUCAAAUGGGAGAUUUUUUGAUCUACUUUGAAUCUCUCAUUGAAUAAAUUAUUGAAAUGAAA